GACGUAAAAAAAGGGAGAAACGACAGAUCCCGAAGCGAUCUAUGACGCUGAUUCAGCCUUUUUUUCUGCUGCGUACAGAGUAGUCAGGGAGGACAAGAAUCGCAGUCGCUCAAUAGGUGUAUGAAUCCUGGACUAAAUGCUGAGAAUAGGAUGAUGUCACGUUCAUAUGAUCGCAUCCCCGGCUUGGCACUUGAAUUAUUCCUCUGCGCUGCCACUGCCAUCAAAUCUCCAUUUCUCCAUCAGACCACGACAACCUACGAAUACGUAUGCCAACUGUUGACUCGUCAGUGAUCCAUUUCCCGUCGCAUUUUCUCCGGAACAAAAGGCGGCUUCGCUUUCAGACUGGCGCCGAGACAUACACCACCAACCACUAUCAUCAUGACCGCAGCCCUGGCUUUCAUCGAAUAAACAAGAAACCCAACGGCUAAAUCCGGUGUCGAGUUCAUUCAAAUAUACUCAAGUUCGAUCAGAGCAAUCGAUAUCAGUACUGCCCUUGAUUCGAUCGUUGCCACAUGGCGGACGCCGUUGAGACCACCACCGACGGCCCUCCCCCGUUGCCCUACUCUCUACGCCAGCGAAAACGCUCCAUUGCUUUCUUCUGGACGCUGUUCAUUAUCGAUACAUUAAUACAACCGCUCGUUUUAUACUAUGCGCUUCGAUAUGGAACAAGUCUGUCGUUGAAUUUGGUCUUCUCCAUCAGUACGGCCGCGUUGGGAGGUGUCUCCGUCUUUGAAUAUUUCUUCCGAUUGUAUAAUUUGAUGCGAAGCAAGUCACGGGCUAGACCGCUCAAUGCACGCAAAUCAUGGCUUGACUUUUUUCAAAUCAACUUCACCAUCGUGUGGUUGAUCCUGGCGGUGGAAUUGAUUGUUGGAACCGUCCCAACCAUCCCAUACAUUCGCCUCCUGGCCAUGCCUCUUCCUACCGUCAUGUUCUACUUUGGUGGCGUCCACCUUACCCUCGACAUUCUUCGCAUGUCCGGCCACAAAGCUCCGUUCCGAAUUUCCUCGACUCCUCAAGGCUCCGUAAUGCCUACCGCCCUUUAUGUGCUCGUCGAAGAUAUUGUUGCCGUGGACGGAGGCGGUGGCCAGAGCUACCGCUACGCCCUUCGAAGACGGUACUUGUCAAGCCCGUAUUUUCGGCGCAUGCUUUUUGAAAUGAACUGUUUCUGGGCUGGUGGAUCUUUAGUUGCGGCGGCUGCCAUUACGGCCAUUAUCUUUACUACCCCGAUUAAUGUGGCCUAUACCCUCGGUUGGUCACUACCAUUCGCCUGGGCCGGUCUCUGGACCCUCAUCACUUUCCCCUGGGUCCAAGCCGAACUGCGUCACGAAAAGGAAACAUGGCACCUUGUACAGCAACACGACGGCGGAGAGCCCUUUACAGACGACAUCACAGCCAAUCCACGCACACGCAUGAACUCAUUCCAAGCACGCAUUUUACCAUUUACCGCUCGCGAAAAACAGCUUUCACCAGAGAGAGAAUCAUCCAUAGCAGAGGAACCGGGGUCCGCCCAGGACAAUGAGAACAUUCCCGCAGACCACACCACCAGAGCCCCUGCCGGCGACGAUGAGAAUUUCGUAGGCACCGUGACUGCCGAAGAAGGUACUAUAGGCGCCGGUGGGCUUGAAAGAAGCGCAUCUCGUCACGAUCAUGAAAUAGCCACCAAUAAUGAUAAUAAGUCCGAUAAUACCCCCGAUCCCAGUCGAGACCUCGAAAAGCAAUAGCAAUAGCAGGGAUAAUCAGCAUUAUCCUUAUCCUCGCGUCCAUCUACACUUCAUCCUGUGUAUCCCUCUUAUACUUACACAUUAUACAUCGAUAUCCUUUACAAGAACGCUUUUCACCACUUUCAUAUAUACAUAUUUGGAGAUACCUAGGUAUGGCUACUAGCCAUGGGGCCCGUAUGCGCGGAGUUAUAUUUUCAGUUUUUUUCCAUUCUUUUUAUUGUAUUGGUUUCAUCUUUUGACAAGACCUCGAUCUUGGAAGGGAGUCGAUUUUAUGCAACGAGCGGACGGACGGAUGGAUACCACGGAAAUUGCUAUUUGUCUCAAAACUUUUGUUUUAUCUAUUUAGGUAUUCGAUCUAAGUCAUUCAAGCGUUUUGAAGUUUUAUUUACCAGAGUUAAACCAACUCUAUAGGAAUCGAUUAGAUAAAUGUAACUACAUUAUCAGAAUUUUAUAGAAAAAGAAAAAAACCUGUCUAUAUGUCCCGUCUACCAAAUUCCUAACCCCUUAGCUGAGCUAAUCAAUACAGCGCAAGCAGAGAGGCGUCCACUCCAGCAAAUAAACAACUAACACAAGCUGUGCCAAUGAGAAAAGGUAUCCCAAAAUGAAGAACAUAAAGAAUAAAAAAUAAGGGGCAUAUACCAUGCGCCUUAGGCCGUUACACAUGCCAUAUAAAGAAAACAAGGUCAUGUACAUGCAAACAAAAUACACUUGAAGUAUAUAGGUUGAAGGCGGGAAGAAAUGGAACGCCGGGGAGUACAUGGAUUUGAUAUAAGGGGAAAGUAUGCAUAGGCAUAAAUAUUUGACGAGGUGAGUCAAUCGUUUUCGAUUGAGUAUUCGGUUGUGUCUAUGUCGUGUAUAUGUAUUAUUUAUGGAUUUUGACGAGAUCAAUCAUUCGUGGCGUGACGAUGAAGGAGCUUGCGACCGAGACUUC